AUGGCAGAAUCAGAUAACAAAGUUGUGAAAACAAGAAGAAAAGUAAGUAAGUCAUGCGUAUUUUGCAGGAAAAGAAGAGUGAAAUGUGAUAAGGCUAGACCUAAAUGUUCUACCUGUGUUUCAAAGGGAUUACCCGAAUGUGUCUACCUUUCAGAAUUCACUCAUGAUGUUAAUUCUAGGGAACUUUUUAGUUCAACACCCAACGUAAAGUUGUUAAGACGAAUCGACGAACUGGAAACGGAGCUGGCUCGAAUGAAAAGCGAGAUGAUACCAAUGUUUCUUCAUCAAAAUUUUGCAUCUACCCAUGUGGAUUCUUUAAACAAAUUGUCUGACUUUCAUUUAGUGAUUGAAAAGCAUGGUAGGACAGUUUUCUACGGCCCCACUUCGUAUCGAACCGUUGUUGCCGCGUUAUGUCCUCGCUUUUAUCACUAUUCCAGUACUAUAUGGACCAAACUAAGGAAAGCGAGGUGUAACUGGAAAAAGGCCAACAAUUAUACUUCUAUGACUGACUCAGAUAUGAUGGAUAUACCAUUAUUAGGAGGAAAUGUAGGAACCAUAUUGGAUGCUUUAAAACAUAGUCUUCCAAGUUAUGAGGUGAUCAGAAAGGCUCUCGAGUUCGCCUUUAAAUCCCCAUUCUAUCGGAAUUUUUCUUUUUUAGAUGGUGAGAAAGUAAUGCGGGACUUCUAUACAUGCUUCAGUAAAGGUCCCAAGAAUUCUAUUUCUGGGCAAUCACCAAUUAUCUCUUUGAUUCCAGUUGAGAAAAACAACUAUUACCCCGUUGGUGUUAUCGUUUUAAUCUUCUCUAUUGUUAACUACGGGCAGUAUCCACCUCCAGAAUUAGAAUUAUUUUUAAAGUACCUCUCAAAUUCAUUUAGCGGUAAAGUGUUCUAUGUUGAGAGAGUAGAAUUCUUUUUGUUACGGUUCUUUUAUAGGGACUUGUUUAGCAAGAGCGCUGGUGAUUGUAUUCACACAGUGUUCUUCGCUCAUGAAGCUGCGACUACAGCUAUACACAUGGGUUUCCAUAAAGAUAUCAAAGACCUUUACAAAAACCAUCCAACCUAUAAGGAUAAAGUGGUUUACUUGGAAAAUUUGUGGCACUGGGUCUUAUUCAUCGAUAUUGACGUUUCACUUGCAACGGGGGUUCCCUUGUAUAUUGCCCAAAAUACUGUCUCUCUAGAAUCUAUUUCAAACCCGAACACAGGGAACAUGUACUUUUUGAAGAAAGUUAUAGUGAAACUCAGAUCUGUGCUCAUCGAAAUCCAUUCCCCGAUUAGAACUCCGGAUUUGAAGGUUUUGAUCGAAGAUAUUCGAGAAUUUGUCCGACAGAAAUAUAAGCCUUUGAAUUUUUACUUACAUCGUCAGAAUUUAAAUGGCCAGGAGUAUUUGGAACUCGAAUCUCUAAUGCUUUUCAUGUCAACAAUGUUCCACAUGAGUAUGGUUAAUUUGAUAAUUAAUAAUGAUUUUUCGCCCGAAAACUUUGCCACAAUCUUCCAAUACAUUCUCUAUACCAUAAAACUAACGAUGGUUAUCAUUCAAAGAUAUUUUGAAUUGGACUCUAUUUAUUAUCCACAGAGGAUUGAGAAUGCUCACCAUAAUCCAAUGAUGCACCUACAGCUGGGUAUAUGUAUAAUGGCCAAAAUGUGUACCAGAGCAAUUGUUGAGUAUUAUACGUUGUUGUUCGACUGUACGAUGUGCGUCGAUGCUAGUAGCCAAAGAACUAAUACUAAUGACCCUGUGUCGUCUGUAUUUGACUUAAACAUUGAAACUUUGGAAGUUCAAAACGAUCAUUACAUUAGUAUAACUGCAGCUGCAGGUGAGAUACGCAACUUGUUUGAAAAAUUUCUGGGAAAUAUGGGACCAAAAUUACUAGAAAUCUUAAAAAGAAAGUACCCUUUCAUGGUGUUGACUUCACUGGAAAAGAUAUGUAAUGCUGUUCUGGAAAGCGCUAUCGAAAGCAGGAAUACGGUGCUAGCUGAUAUAAAAACGAAGGAGUCACUCAUAUUUAAUACUGACGGCGCAGAACAGACUUUCGUGCCACCUCUGGUUUACAAGACAGCGCAACCCCAUCUUCAACUUCAACCUCAACAACGACAACCAGAUCUUCAAUAUCAGCAGCACUCCAAACCUCAACAUCCUAAGUCAGUUUUAAAGCAGCAUCAGCUGCAGCAUCACCAUCCACAUCAUUACCAUCCACAGCAACUACAACAAUCUCAGGAUCAGGAGGAGCAAAAACCGCAAAAAAUAGCGCACCAAUCUCAACGGUCAUCACAACAACUACUGCAACAACAUCAGACACAAUCACAGCAUAAACCGCAGCAAGAAUCGCCACCACCGCAGCAACAACACCAACAUCCUGAUAAUCAAAAACAGAUAAACGAACCUAUAUCACAGCACUAUCAACAACAACCUAUUGAUUAUUUUCCAGCUGAACAACCUCAUAACAUGAAGCAGUUCAUGGGCACUCCACCAUAUGUUCAUCCAGUAAUAAAGCAGGAAUCAGUGGGCGUACCGCUCACACCUUUCUCUGUCCAACAACCAUCUCAGCAUGCACAGCUGAACCCACCUGAUAUAACCAUUCCUUCAUCGACACACUAUCCUCCUUAUGUGUAUUCCAUGCCCAUUUAUGAUCAACAACUUAUGAAGUCAAUGGUAGAUCAGUUUUGGGCUAACUUCGAUACAGGUAUCGAUGAUUGGUUAACAAACUCUGGCGGCUCCUUCAACCAUUUAUCCAAUCUAUUCAGACUAGGCGAUUCUCCAGAUGAAAGAGAUAAAUUAUGUUAA